AUGGAGCAGUGCUGGAAGCAAGACCCCGGGCAUCGCCCCGAGGGAUUUGGGCCCGUGGUACAGGCGCUGGCAAGCGUUGUGUCGCGUGAUGGAGAUCCUCGCAAUCACAGCGCAGUUGCCGUGGAUGCCACCUCGUCACCAGGUACCCAGCGUAGUGUUGGCCCAUCGAGCGAUGGAGUGGGAACGGCACCGGAUACGGUUAGUGAUGGUGUUGAGGCGUCACCCCUUGUUGCAGAAGAGGAGGUCGGAACCACCGCGCUGCCUCGAGACUCUGGAAAUGUACAGACACCGAGUAAGGAUUUGCUGCUCGCGAACAAAGCACUCGCGCCGUCAGCUGGAACUAGCGGCGAAUGCAAACAGCUGACCGAGAUGAUCGACGAGGAGGUCGCCACGAAGGGCAAAUACGCGCAGGCAGACCCUGCGUAUCUCGAAGCUAUUGAGAUUCAGCAGCAGACGCUAGGUCCUGACCACGCAGACCUUGCGACAACGCUCAAUGGCCGAGCUCUAUUGUUAAAGAGUCAGGGGAAGUAUGCCGAGGCGGAUACUCUAUCCCUUCUAGCCGUCGAGAUUGUAGAGAACAUGCUGGGCCCCGACCACCCCGAUCUUGCGCCGUGUCUCGGUAUCCGGGCGGUACUUUUGAAGGAGCAGGGGAAGUACGCAGAGGCCGGCCCUCUCACUCUUCGAGCUAUCGAGAUUGGAGAGAAGACGCUAGGUCCUGGCCACCCUGAUGUUGCUGGAUGGCUCAGCGAUCGAGCGGAUUCGUUGCGUGCUGAGUGCAAGUAUGCUGAAGCAGAUGCUCUGUACCUUCGAUCUAUCGAGAUUGGAGAAGCGACGCUAGGUCCUGACCACCCCGAUCUAGCUUCAUGGCUCAGCAACCGGGCUUUUGUGUUGCGGGCACAGUGGAAGAUUCCUGAGGCGGACUCUCUGUCCCUUCGAGCUGCCGACAUCGGGGAGAAAACCCUAGGCCCUGAGCACCCCGACCAUGCUGCAAUUCUCUCUAGUCGGGCGUGGGUGCUAGCGGCACAGGGCAAGGAUUCUGAGGCGGACCGUCUGUACCUUCGAGCCAUCGAGAUUGGGGAGAAAACAUUGGGCCCCGACCACCUGAUGGUUGCCACCAUGCUCAACAGCCGGGCGUUAUUUUUGGAGAAGCAGGGCAAGCAUGCUGAGGCCGACCCUCUGUACGUUCGAGCUAUCGACACAUUGGGCCCUGACCACCCUGAUUUCCCGGUAUGGCUUGGCAACCGGGCGUCGCUGUUGGAGAAACGGGGAAAUGAUUCUAAGGCGAACCGCCUGUUCCUUCGAGCCAUCAACAUCGGCGAGAAGACGUUGGGCCCUGUCCACCCGCAGCUUGCCGCCAUGCUCAACAACCGGGCGGUAUUGUUACAGAAACGGGGCAAGUAUGCCAAGGCGGACACUUUGCACCUUCGAGCUAUCGACAUUGGGGAGAGGAGGUUGGGCCCCGACCACCCCGAUUUUGCUCUAUGGCUGGUCAACCGGGCAUCGUUGUUAGAGAAACAGGGCAAGGUUUCUGAGGCGGAAUGUUUGUGCCUUCGAGCUAUCGAGAUUGGAGAGGUGGCGCUAGGCCCUGACCACCCCGAUCUCGCUGGAUGGCUCAACGACCGGGCGGUACUGCUAGAAAAACAGGGAAAGUAUGCCGAGGCGGACCCUCUGUCUUUUCUAGCUAUCGACAUGGCGGAGAGGACGCUGGGCCCUGACCACCCUCGUGUUUCAGUAUUGCUUGGCAGCCGGGCGUCAUUGCUAGAUAAACGGGGCAACAAUUCCGAGGCGGACCGUCUGUACCUUCGAGCCAUCGAGAUUGGAGAGAAGGCUUUUGGCCCUGACCACCUGCAGCUUGCCGCCAUGCUCAACAACCGGGCGGUGUUCGUAGAGAAGCAGGGCAAGUAUGCUGAGGCGGACCCUCUGUACCUUCGAGCUAUCGACAUUGGGGAGAGGAUGUUGGGCCCUGACCAUCCGGACUUUGCUCUAUGGUUCGGCAAUCGGGCGUCCUUGUUAGUUAAACAGGGCAAGCACACGGAGGCAGACCACCUGUACCUUCGAGCCAUCGAGAUCGGGGAGAAGACACUGGGCCCUGACCACCCGGGGUUUGCGGCCGUGCUCAACAACCGGGCGUUAUUUUUGGAGAAACAGGACAAGAGGUUUGAGGCGGACCGUCUGUACCGUCGAGCCAUCGAGAUUGGGGAGAAGACUUUAGGCCCUGACCACCUGCAGCUGGCCACCAUGCUGAACAACUGGGCGGUAGUCGUAGAGAAACAGGGCAAGUAUGCUGAGGCAGACUCUCUGUACCUUCGAGCUAUCGACAUUGGGGAGAGGACAUUGGGGCCCGACCACCCAGAUGUUGCUGUAUGGCUCGGCAACCGGACAUCGUUGUUAGAGAAACAGGGAAGGCACAGGGAAGCAAUCCCGCUCUUGGAGGGGACCGUUUCAUCCCAGACGAAGAAUCUGGGAGGAAACCAUCAAGACACAGUUGACACUCGGGACAGACUGAAGCGUGUGCGAAAGCACACGAGGUCAAUUGGCUUCCUCAAGAACCUUCGGAAAUGA